CGCUUCACUCACGCCAUAGUUCGAGUCAAUUUACGAAGAAAGCCGACCCUUAUGGUCACCAUCAAAACAACUAAAAAACAUAAUCAGAUCCUUCGACUUGCUAGAGGAUUCUCGAUGUGGACGCAUGCGGCAAACUCACCAUUGACAGUCUGAACCGGAGAGACAUUUACAAAAAAAAUCUAACUCUUGUCCGACAACGCAAGAUAAUUUCUCUCCUAAAGAAGUGUUUUUGUUUUCUGAAGUUUCAACCUUCAGUGGCUGCGGUAUCCAGGAUAUACUUCAGAAGCUCCUGUAGUGAGUGGCCUUUGCUUAUCGACCAGUUCAGUGCCUUUAUAUUUAUUACUUUCUCCGGUUUAUUAUUAUAUUUACGCGAGCAAAUUUGGUGGUUCAUGCUCCCAAAUGUUAGCUGUUGGGCAGAUGGAUGCUAACAGGCAGAGUGCUUUCGUCCUAGGCAGUACACCGCUGGCAGCAUUGCACAACAUGACCGAGAUGAAGACGUCUUUAUUUCCCUACACUUUGCAGAAUCAUGCGGGCUUCAAGGCGCCUUCUCUCAAUAAUUUGAGCACACAGCUUGCCCUGGGGACACCACAUGGAAUUAGCGAUAUCUUGGGUAGACCUAUCAACUCAGCUGGACAGCUGCUCUCGGGCUUUCCAAGGAUAAACGGCUUGGCCACCGCAGGAAUGUACUUUAACCCAGCAGCCGUUUCUCGGUACCCGAAGCCCCUGACGGAUCUCCCAGGAAGAGCACCCAUAUUCUGGCCUGGAGUGAUGCAGAGCUCCCCUUGGAGGGAUCCACGAGUGCCCUGUCCUGACUCUUCAAUCUUUUUUGUAGCUCAAGCAAACAUGAUGCUCGACAAGGAUGGAAAGAAAAAACACUCCAGACCAACUUUUUCUGGACAGCAAAUUUUUGCAUUGGAGAAAACCUUUGAACAGACGAAAUACCUUGCUGGCCCAGAGAGAGCUCGACUGGCGUACUCUUUAGGAAUGACUGAAAGUCAAGUCAAGGUAUGGUUUCAAAACAGGAGAACCAAAUGGCGAAAGAGACACGCAGCGGAAAUGGCAACAGCCAAAAAGAAACAUGAUUCUGAAACUGAGAAGAUGAAGGAAAGCUCGGACAAUGAGGAUGAUGACGAGUACAACAAACCUCUGGACCCUAAUUCAGACGACGAAAAAAUCACAAGACUUCUGAAAAAGCACAAGGCUACAAACCUUUCCCUGAUCAGUCCAUGCAGCAAUAGCUCGGACACCUUGUGAUGACAGUGACGACUUGUCGUGAAGAGACUGAAACACUCCAUGGUGCUUCUAAAGCUAAUUUAACCAGGGUAUAAAUUGUUCAAAUGGAAAGAAAGGGUGCUGAUGGGUGGUGUGAAUGAUUUAUGUUGUACAAACGAAAAUGUAAGUGAGAUGUAUAUAUUUUUUACUGAGUAAGUUAUGUUAUUAAACCAAUGUAAACAAGA